UCUAACUGCGUCAAGAGAAUAAGAGCUCAGCUCUGAGAGGAAACAUUUUCUGAGAACCAAGAGUUGGGCUACAAGACAUUGUAGGCUACCAGGAGUUUAAAUGGGUCUUCCAGCCUUGGGUCUGAUACCGUUUUUGGGGCCCCUUGCGUUUCCAGUAGCAUUGGGAACAGCCGCAAUAGGGGGGUUUAUAUUGAUUAAGGCGAUUCAUAAUAAACCGUCGUAUCAUCCAGGAACUCCAAAAAUAACACGUUACGUGACGGUAAAGUCAAAUAAAGCUUCUGGAAAUGAACCCACUGGAAAUGCUGCCAGCAAGAAGACAGAAGGACAGAGUCGCAGCGAUGAAACUACGAUCAUAAUUGCUUACGGCCUUGGAGUUGUUGACACUUAUAAAAAUGUUAAAAAAGGUCGACCAUCUCAGUUUGGUCCGGAUAAUUAUCGCAUGGCAGAGGCAGACCAUAUUCCACCAUUGGCUUCUCUGAGGAUAGCCCGAAGAAACCAUGAACGACUGGAUCGUCUCCUACAAGUGAAUCCAAGGCUUCAUGAGAUGAUCAUGAGCCUUGAUUAUGACCCAACUGGACAGAGCCUGUUAACCAUGAGGGUUCUUUACCAGGAUCACAGAGAUGCUCUGACCACUGGAAACAGCAGGGAAUCUCAAGUAGCCAGUCGUCUGCUGGCAGAGACAAUCCUAGACGGAGAUGCUGCAGUUAUGCUAAGGAAGGCUUUUAUCAUGGGUCAUCCUAUAUCUUCCCGGCAGCUCAGAGAAGAUGCAGGAUUGGUCGCAUCAUAUACCGAAGGUAACAUUGACAUGUCUGAUGAAGGAACAAGGUACUAUACAGAAAUGGCUACAUUGAGCUGGUCAAAGCAUACCAAAAGAAGGGGAUAAUCAACAAGAAUCAAGCACAGAAGCUGAUUUCAUGGGUGGAAAGAGACAUGCACCUGGACUGGGAUACCGAAGAGUAUGAGGAGAUCCUUGAUUACAUUAAACGUCAUUUUCAUGUUUUCCGGUGGUAGAAAUGGCAAACAAACUUAGGCAAUACUGAGUAAAUACAGAUUGUGUCUUUGCAGCUGUAUGACCCAGUGGGUGAAUAAACUUGGUUUGAGUUUUUACUCUGUUUGUUCAGAACCUAACAGUGUAAAUAUCAUAAUGAGGAGUAUCAUUUAUUGCUGAUAAUUGUUGACAUUUUUUUUUUUGCCUAUGUAUAGUCGGUGCUUGGUUGAUUAUGUUCAGCAGUGUGCUAGUAGUAGAUCCUGUCUGCCUGUUGCAUUGGUAAAUGUAUAGCCUAUAGAUUCUCAACAAAAUAUUUAGAUUUCCUGAUUUUCCUCAUUUAUUGUAACAUUAUGCAGUAUGCAUUAGCUCAAUUGUAUGGCAAAUAAUAUUGAUUAAAAGAUCACCUAUUUUCGAAGAAGCAAA